AUGCCGAGUGGGCGUGCACGUCGAGGGCAUGCUCCUGGUGUAGUGGUCCCAGUCAUUUCAACACUAUGGCAGGUGGGCGGCGACGCGAAUUUGGCGGCUGUAGGCGGCGGCGUCUGUAGUUGGGUUGUCCUAAAUGCUGAUUUUGAGUCGGAGACCCUCGACAGCCAACCAGUUUCGGAGCAUAAUCACCCCACCGCCCUUAAUUUCAUGCGAGCUGCCCCUGGCCUCUAUCUCCCCAACCUUCCCUUAUAUCCCCAAGGUGUCCGUCCCUACUUCCCUCAAUCUUCACCUGCAUUUCCCCAGUAUCCCCCUUGCUGGACCGUUUGCACUAGCACGCGUCAGAUUGACUUGCUGGAAGUCCGUCCUAUCGAGGAGCUCAGCACAGGAGUGCCUACGGCCCAAAUCAGCUCCCAUGAGGAAAUAUAUGUUCUGAAGCAUAUCGAGCGGAAAUUGUACAUGGCCCAAGACAGUGAAGCACUAGAGAAAGAACUCCAAGUACUCGAAAAAGUAGGUCAAAACAACAUCGUCAAACUUGUCGCGUCUGUCGUCCCUCGUAGCUACGAUAAUUCAUAUAGACGUGAAGAACACAAGCUCAUCCAACAGAAUCAACCCAAAGAUAUCUUCGUUGCCCUGACCAGGGCCCGCAGUUUGCUAGAAGACCAUAACGGGGUCCCCCAGGCUCAGGGGCUUCAGUGUAUUCGGACCAUGACCUCGGAUAUCGGGAAAGACCGGAUGGGAUCCAAAUAAGAUGAGUCUCCCACAUUAUAGGUAUGUAACUUGUUGACACAAUACAC